AUGUACGAAUGCGAGACAUGCACCGAGCAAUUCUACGACCUCGAGGACUGCCAUGACCAUAUGGACCAUGAGGAUCACUGGCCAGAGUGCGAGACGUGCCCCAAGACCUUCAAGACACAACGUGCUUGCAAUCAACACAUGAAUGACACUUCGCAUUGGGCUCCGACGUACGAAUGCGAGGUUUGCGACAAGUCCUUCCGUUCGGAACAUGCUAGAGAUCAGCAUGUGGCAUCGCUUGGUCACUGGAGGCACUACUGCAAGGCUUGCGCGCGCCGUUUCGACAGUGAGAGCAAUCUGAAGAUGCACCUGGAUUCAAAGAUCCACCGUGGCUCCAACAUCGUCUGUCCCUUCUGCAAAGUCGGCUACACCACAGCAAGUGGCCUAUGUCAUCAUCUCGAGACCGGCUCAUGCCCCAAAGCCACUGGUCUCAAUCACGACAGCAUCACCCGCAUCAUUCGCGAGCGCGAUCCCAACGGCGUCAUUACCAACAAACAACUCACUUACAAUCAAACCACCUACGAAGUCAACGACAAUGCCUGGAAUGGUCGUUCCUGGGAGUGCUAUCUCUGCCAUCGCACCUUCGUCAAGCACGCGGGUCUCACCCAGCACCUCAACUCCCCUGUGCACAAGCAGAAGGGAUAUCACUGUCCAAAUCGUGGCUGCAGCAAGGAUUUUGUCUCGCUUGCUGCCCUGUUCAACCAUCUGGAGAGUGAGUCGUGCUCGUUCAUGAGGUUCGAAACGGUGCAGAACCAUGUCGGUCAGGUUUUGACGGGAAAGCGGCUCAUUGCUUUCGGAUAA